AGGAAUCUGACCGAGUAUCUACGAUCGCAGACUUAAUUGCGGCUUCGAUCUUUAAGUUCGCAAUUGAUAUUUGCCGUCGGCUGCAUGGGGGCGGGGCUUCUCAGUGCACGAGAUUCUCACAGCAUAUUAUGCGGCUUCGGAGCACGUUCUUCUGAAUCAAGGGUCAGGCACCAUCAACCCUUUUUACUGCAAAAGACAGGCGCUAAUGUGCGGGUGGCCCAUGAAGGCUCUCCGCGGCAAUCAGUCGAACUCUCAAGCGUCCUUUGUGUCGCUGUGCAUGCCGGUACCGUUGCACGACACAGCGAAUUAUUUGCUCUCGAGACGACCGACCAACGAGAAGGCGCCGAUUUCCAAGGCCCGCAAAAGAUGAUCUUCGCCCACUCAAGCUCUCGACGAUCAUCCAGGUACUCCCGCUCGCCCCUCCCAUCCGAUCCCAGCCCAUUCUUCUGCCCUUCCUUUCCGGUCAGAAUGAGCAAAAUGUCGCACAUCAAAGCAGCGCUGCUGCCAACGCUCGCCCUGAUCCUCGCGGCCAUUGUGCUGAGCGCAGCUUCCUCUGCAGUGGCUCAACCCGCCUCGCUGCUGCGUCGCGCCAAGAAGCAGAGCUUCGUUCCUCCCUCUACGUCUCCUGAGGAACAGUCGGAUGCGUACCAGGGACGCAAUAACGGCACGCUUGCACGUCAGCCCAUCGUGCCAGGCAAAGCCUUCGACCGCAUCAUCCAUGUUUGGCUAGAGAAUACCGAUUACUCUGCAGCUGCUUCGCUGGCCACCUUUCAGCGCUUGCAAAAGCAAGGUCAGACGUUGACCUCUUUCCACGGUGUGACGCACCCUUCGGAGCCGAAUUACAUGGCCAGCGCUUUUGGCUCCUUCUUUGGUCUGCACGAUGACAACUUUUCGUGGAUCCCAAAGAACAUCACGAGCGUAUACGACUUGCUCGACAAGAAGGGCAUCUCUUACGCCUGCUACCAGGAGAACAUGCCUUUUCAAGGUUUCCAGGACUACGACAACAAGCAAAAGAAUUACGUCGACCCUAGCGCUCCAGAUUACACUUUCUACGUCAGAAAGCACAACCCGUGCGCUUUCAGCAGCACGUUUGCCAAGCCCGGAACAGAGCGCUACAAGCGCAACAGGAACAUGAACGACUUUGCUGCUGAUCUCAAAGCCGAUGCGCUGCCUCAGCACAUCUUCGUCACGCCCAACAUGGACGAUGACGGUCACGACAGCGGUAUCAGCUACGCCGCUCAGUGGGUCGAUUGGUUCCUCUCUGACCUGCUCAAGAACCCCCACUUUAACUCUGAGCGCACCCUCGUCGUCCUCACUUUUGACGAGAACGAGACUUACGCAGCAGAGAACCGCAUCCUGACGCUGUUGCUUGGCAAUGCUGUUCCUCAAAACCUGCGAGGCUCCUCUUCUGACCUCUACAUGACGCACUACGGCAUCCUCGCCACCACGCAAGCCAACUGGGGAUUGAUGCAUCUCGGCCGCGGAGAUGUCGAUCCCAUCUUGUCCAACAUUGUUCCCUUUGUGGCCGAAGCUGCAGGUUACAAGGGUAAUGCCCAAGUCCCGUUGGAGAAGCGUCCGCUGUUGAACCUGACCGGCGUGACUGCAGGUCCAUUGACAGAGACGCAGUAUCAACCCUUCUUUGCUCCCACCAAGCAAGCCCAAGCUGCAAACGGCGCUGGAGGAGCCGGCGUCCUCCUCCUGCCCGGUCUGGACCCCAACGCUACCCCCGACAAGGGACCCGCUCCCAAGAACCUCAAGCUCACCGGCGGCUCCAGCUUCUACAGGAGCCAAGCCAACGUGGCUAAGGACUGAAACACUGAGCAAAACCAAUCAAAUCGAUGACCGAUGACGCAUCUUUGCUUGAAGAUUGCCUCAGUCGAUCUUCAUCUUCCAACCUCCUCGUCGCACUUGCGCGCAAGGUAGACCACUUGUGACCGGCAGCUGACAAUGGGAUGCAAUUGCCAUCGUGAGCAG